CCAGGUGGCCGGCGCCGCGGAAGCGAAGCCUCCUAAAGACGCCGCGCGCUGAGGCUGCUGCUGCGCCUGCGCAGGCGGAUCGCCGCCGGAGUCGUCUUGUUUGCAGGCUGAACGCCGCGGCCGCCUUUCCUGGAUUUGAGUCUCGCGCUUUCUUCGUUUGCUCGCCGGCGGGUUCGCGCCCCUCUCGCGCCCCCGGGCAGCGAGGCUGGGAAGGGGUUGGAGGGGGCUGUUGAUCGCCGCCUUUAAGUUGUGCUCGGGGCGGCCAUGUCGGCCGGCGAGGUCGAGCGCCUAGUGUCGGAGCUGAGCGGCGGGACCGGAGGGGAUGAGGAGGAAGAGUGGCUCUAUGGCGGCCCAUGGGACGUGCAUGUGCACAGUGAUUUGGCAAAGGACCUAGAUGAAAAUGAAGUUGAAAGGCCAGAAGAAGAAAAUGCCAGUGCUAAUCCUCCAUCUGGAAUUGAAGAUGAAACUGCUGAAAACGGCGUACCUAAACCGAAAGUGACCGAGACUGAAGAUGAUAGUGAUAGUGACAGUGAUGACGAUGAGGAUGAUGUUCAUGUCACUAUAGGAGACAUUAAAACGGGAGCACCACAGUAUGGGAGUUAUGGUACAGCACCUGUAAAUCUUAACAUCAAAACAGGGGGAAGAGUUUAUGGAACUACAGGAACAAAAGUCAAGGGAGUGGACCUUGAUGCACCUGGAAGCAUUAACGGAGUUCCACUCUUGGAGGUAGAUUUGGAUUCUUUUGAAGAUAAACCCUGGCGUAAACCCGGUGCUGAUCUUUCUGAUUAUUUUAAUUAUGGGUUUAAUGAAGAUACCUGGAAAGCUUACUGUGAAAAACAAAAGAGGAUACGAAUGGGACUUGAAGUUAUACCAGUUACCUCUACUACAAAUAAAAUCACGGCCGAAGACUGUACUAUGGAAGUUACACCAGGUGCAGAGAUCCAAGAUGGCAGAUUCAAUCUUUUUAAGGUACAGCAAGGACGAACUGGAAAUUCAGAGAAGGAAGCAGCACUUCCAUCUACAAAAGCUGAGUUUACUUCUCCUCCUUCUUUGUUCAAGACUGGACUCCCACCAAGCAGAAACAGCACCUCCUCUCAGUCUCAGACAAGUACUGCCUCCAGAAAAGCCAAUUCCAGCGUUGGGAAGUGGCAGGACCGAUAUGGGAGGGCCGAAUCACCUGACCUAAGGAGAUUACCUGGGGCAAUCGAUGUUAUUGGUCAGACUAUAACAAUUAGCCGAGUCGAAGGAAGACGACGGGCAAACGAAAACAGCAACAUACAGGUCCUUUCUGAAAGAUCUGCUACUGAAGUAGACAACAAUUUUAGCAAACCACCUCCAUUUUUCCCUCCAGGAGCUCCUCCCACCCACCUUCCACCUCCUCCAUUUCUUCCACCUCCUCCAACUGUCAGCACUGCUCCACCUCUGAUUCCACCACCAGGUAUUCCAAUAACUGUACCACCUCCAGGUUUUCCUCCUCCACCAGGCGCUCCACCUCCAUCUCUUAUCCCAACAAUAGAAAGUGGACAUUCCUCUGGUUAUGAUAGUCGUUCUGCACGUGCUUUUCCAUAUGGCAAUGUUGCCUUUCCCCACCUUCCUGGUUCUGCUCCUUCAUGGCCUAGUCUUGUGGAUACCAGCAAGCAGUGGGACUAUUAUGCAAGAAGAGAGAAAGACCGAGAUAGAGACAGAGACCGAGACCGGGAGCGAGACCGCGAUCGAGACAGAGAAAGAGAGCGCACCAGAGAGAGAGAGCGGGAGCGUGAUCACAGUCCUACACCAAGUGUUUUUAACAGUGACGAAGAACGAUACAGAUACAGGGAGUAUGCGGAAAGAGGGUAUGAGCGUCACAGAGCAAGUCGAGAGAAAGAAGAACGACACAGAGAGAGACGACACAGAGAGAAGGAGGACACCAGACACAAGUCAUCUCGCAGUAAUAGUAGACGUCGCCAUGAAAGUGAAGAAGGAGACAGUCACAGGAGACACAAGCACAAAAAAUCUAAAAGAAGCAAAGAAGGAAAGGAAGCUGGCAGUGAGCCUGCCCCCGAACAGGAGAGCACCGAAGCUGCACCUGCCGAAUAGGCGUGGCUAAGGCCUUGUGUGUCUGUCAGGGCCAGAAGUGUACCAUAAAUCUUGUUAUUUUUCUGGAUGAUGUUUAAGAAAUUUACCUUUAAUCUUGUUCUGUUAGUAUGAAAAGUUAACUUUUUCUCAAAAUAAAAGAGUGAAUUUUUCAUGUUAAGUUAAAAAUCUUUGUCUUGUAAUAUUUAAAAAAAAUAAAGACAGCAAUGACUUUGUAUCCAAGAAAGUAAUGUGAAUGAGUCACUCAGCAGGGAAUUUUAAAGAGCUGUGUACAUACACAGUAUCUGAUGAAGGUCAGGGUUCCACCGUGGCCAUCAUUUUCUUGAGUUAAUCAAAUACCAGUCUCUUAAGAGAUGGCGCUACAACAGGCACCUCUGAGUCUAAAAGUUAAGGGCAGUCUUUGUCAGCACUGCUGCGGCUGAAGACCUCAAGACAUGGUCUUGAUAUCACAACUUUUUGAUGGGUUUUCAGUGGAACUAAAUGGGGAACUUUGAUAUCCAAAUUAGUAAAAUCUACAGGCCUUUGGGUGGUGUCUGAAAUAACCUGCCCGAAGUGUAGUUUCUAGCGCAGGCACGUGGACAGAUACCCGUCACUGUGACACAAAGUUGAACUGCUUCACGGCUAUCUGCAGGAGCCAGGGUCAAGCUGGUUUGGCCUUUCUUGACGCUUUUUCCAAGGCUCAUUGGUUGAGCAGCACGUGGAGUUUUUACAUAGUUACUAGCUAAUUGUGAAUGAAAAGACAAGAGCUUUGCAUUAGUCAUUUCCUAUUACAUCUAAGAGUACAGGUUUAUAAUAGUCUGUGAGCAUUUUUAGGGAUAAGCCUUAGGAUGUAUUUGUCAGUCAUGGUAACAACAUGGUUUUGAGAGAAUCCGUUACUAGGAUCCUGUAAGUAGUGGUAGUAGAAAUGAACUUAAUAUCACAUACUAAAAGACAACUAUAAUUUGAAAAAUAUUUAUUUCUCAUUUGAUGAACAGUUUCUUCACCAGUGCACUUUUAAAAUCCUCUGGCUGUAAAUUGGUUUUUGAAUGUCCAUAAUGUACACUUUACACGCCUCAGCAUAUACCAAAUUUUUAAUUAUAGGAUUUGAAUUCAGUGGGGGCAUACAAAUUAUCUCAGCCAUGUAAGAGCUUUUUAGUGAAUAGAAAAAUAUAAACAGAGCUGUAAUGUGAAAUCCUCCACGCUGAAUAAGAACUAUUACUAAUGUUUAUAUUUUGAGAAUUACAUUUUCGGAGGUGUAAUGGACUUUCAUCAGAUCACACUUUCCUGACAUUAGUUUACAUUUUUACAGUCUAUCCUUUAAAUACAAAAAUUGACAAGAUAAAUAUAUUGUUUCAACUUAGCUUAUUUGUGGUUUUCUGUUUUCCUACGACCCAUCAUUGGUUCUAUAAAAAAGUGCCAGGCCAAGAAACAAUAGUAAGAGUAAUUUUUCCUUUAAGUUCCUUCAGCAUCCUUGCCAAGCAAGCAUGAAUCAUUCCUGAUGUACUUCUACCGUUGACAGCCAGAAGAAUGUCCCCACAUCUAAAAAACAUAAAUCAACCCAUGAUGAACAUUUUGGUCUGUAGCUAAGGUUAAUGCAAGUGUAUCUGGUGGUCCUAGCUCUUGCUACAUCUGUCAAUCUUAAUUAUAUAAAAUUCUUUAAAAAACCUUCUAAUGAAGGCUUUUCCCCCUCCUCACUUGAAUUCUGCACACACUCUCCAUUCAGCUUCUGUUAGGAUGCUAAAAGUAUGGGAAGUUGCUGUAUGGGACCAGGGAAUUCUUAGAAAUUGAAUGCUAUGUAAAUUUUUCUUACCAAUAAAACAAGGUAUGUAAUACAUGCGAUAUUUCUAAUGGGGCCAUGCUUUUGCAUAUAUAAAACACUGGAAAUAAGCCAUCAUUAUUACCUAAUUCUUCCAUCAUUGUAUGCUGGUGUUCCUUCAACAAUGGACUUAAUAAAAAAAGGUUUGUCCCCAAUGUAUUCUUCGUAACCUCCUACAAUGCAGAAGCCCAGACUCCCGGCUGUGUUUCUUCGUAAUAUGACAUCUUUACAGUUAUACAGGUACCUGAAAUAGAAUGUAAGCAAUUUAUCUGCACAGAUUGGUUGAACUCUUAGUAAUAAUUAGGAUUCAUCUCCCGUGCCCUUUAUUGGCAUUUUUCAGACUAGCAUUGGAUGGGUCUUACUCAAAAUUGUCAUAGCCCAGCGACCUUUUGUGCUGUUAGCUGGCUUUUUCCAGUUGAACUGUUUUCCGUUGCUAAACACCCCUUAAAAAAUACUACUAUGUUUUGUUUACAUGUUUAGUGGGAAAAAUAAGCCUAUUUUUGGCUUAAAGAUUCAAUGUCUCAAUUUAUAUUAAAAAGUUGGAAAUGCCUAAAUCCUUAUUGAUGAGCCAAUUCAAGCCUACUUAGCGACAUAUUUUUAUUUACUUGUGGAUAUAAUUUUAAUGCAGACAAAAAUCCUUUAAAUGAUUAAUCUCUGUGAAAAAAAAUUUAAACCUAACCCUAACUUGCCAAAGUUUUGACUCUUGAAAUAAUACCAGUUUAGAUGUAGCUCCACAUGCUUGACAGGUUAUAGAGAAGUAUGCAGGCAUAAAGUGAAUGGAAAUCGAGGUACUUUUAGAGAUUAGAAGAAUGAUUCAUAAGGGAGGAGAAAAAGUAAACCAAAUAGCAAGGUACAGAAGGAAUGGGAGAAGGAGAGGCCACAGGUCUUCUGUGAAUGGGUACAAUCCUCCUAGAGGUUAGAGGGAAGGAACUAUUUGGUGGCAGCUGGACCAGUGUUGACACAGGUGCAAAGCAAGUGCAAACUGUGUUACAGUUGUGACAGGUUGUGUGUCAGGAACUGGAUUGGACUAAACCCCCCCCCCAGUUGAGGAACUGGUUUAAAAGAAAGCAUUUUCAUAUUGGUAAAAAUCAAGAUAUGAUUGUUUUGUUUAGAAGCUGUACCUUAAAAUAUUAACUGCCUUUUGGAAAACCAAUAAACUGUCUCAUGUGAAAGGUUUUGUUAAGUGAUGACGUUGGUCAUUCUAUUUGUUACUGACCUUGCUAAUCAGUGUAAAUGUGACUUCAUGACGUUGCUGAUUCCAACUUAAAAUAAGCUUUGACUUUGGUGGAUAACUUUAAAAUGUAGUGGUAAAAUUCAACUCUGUUUUGUUUUGUAUGUGUUGUCACACAUAAUUUACAAUAAUUUCUUUCACUGAUAGCUGAAAAAUAACAAUUUUCUUUUAAUAAAACAACAACCAUAUUUUGAUUGCAAAA